CCUCAACUGGAGGUCCUGUGGGCGAUGAAGGCCUACAACCACGCAGAGGUUUACUUCAACCUGAUUUCCUCCGUGGAUCCGAAGUUCUUGAAACUGACGAAGAUCGACGACGAUAUCUACAAGAUCUUCAGAGAGACGUUCAAAGACCUGGACAUAAAGAAACUGAACCCUGACGACCUGAAGUCUGAGGAGAUGAAGGAGGUGUGGCGUCCGUUCUGUAACCAGUUUCAAGGCCUUAUAGAAGACUUUAACUACGGCACUCUGCUGCGACUCGACUGUGAGAGAGAUUACACCGAGGACAACACUAUAUUUGCCACCAGGGUUCAGUUCUUCGCCAUUGAAAUCGCCCGAAACAAAGAAGGCUGCAACGACGUCGUGUUCACGUCCAAAUCUUCAAAGAGCGAAUCGUAGAAAACACCAGAAUAAAUCCUUUUUCACAAAGACGUCCCUCCAGGAAACAAACUGAAAGGGUCGCUGUGUCCCGAGCUGCAGAUUUAAGUUAUACUUUUAUUAGACGAGAUCCGUUUUCCGUUGUUAAAUCCUCAUCGAAACCAGGUCUGUUGAAACAGCCUCGUGAUGUUUGGACACGUUUUGUAUUUACUGUAAAGUUUUAAUUUUAAUUUUGCUUGCCUGUAACCACAAAUAAAAAGUCAGAAGAAUUUUA